CAGGAAAAAGUAUAAAAUUAAAACAAAAAUCACUUGUUUUCCAUCCGGAGAUAAACAAUUUUGUUUCUUAGGCUUCUACAGUCCAGAUAACUCUUAACUGCAGGGAAGGGGGACAUACACCUUUAAUUAAAAGGACAUCUUCUUUUUCUGUUUGAACAGAAUUACAUUGUGUAGAUACUACACUCAGUUGCUUCUAGAAUGCCAAAUUCUUUCAAAGGCUACAUGCUGCUUUUUGGGGUAUACUACCAGGCAAAGAUUGGCAUGUUCUAUUACCAAAUACUCCCUGCUGAUGUACUUGUGACCAUAUAGAUAUAUUUGUUUCUAGAACAUGCAGUGACAUUGUUUUACUGGGGGUGACUUUUAACUGAGCCAUUAUAAAUAGCACAUUUAUUUGAAGAAGGAAACCUGUUGGAGAACUCUAAUAUAAAUUCAACAAACAAAUAGUAAGACAACUGUUUCUUACUCAGCACAUCAUUGAGAAAGUUGCUUAACAUCUCUGAGCCUCCGGUUCUUCAUCUGUGACAUCUGUAAUAUCCACCUUUCUAUAUCUCAAUUUGUUAGUAAUAAAGAUGACAUGUAAAAGUGCCUUUUCACUGUAAAAUGUCAUGCAAAUGCAAGGGUGUUAUUAAUGAUUAAGGUAGUCCUUUAGUGUUUCAAAUCUCCUGUUUGAAACUCAACUCUCAAUGCUUGCAUCUUCCAACUACAGGAACUCAAAUGGACCCAAAGCACUAACAUUAAACUACAGUGCCCCCUAGCACAUGUAGGAGGUCAAGGCAGCUUACAGGCUUCAUGAAUAGGCUCUACCACAGAUGGUUCUUUUGCCUGAGGGAAGAACUAUUAAUUGUACUUUUGGACAAUUUCCAUUUGUCCAAAAGGAAAAAACAUUUAUGCAUUUUCUUCAACACUUGCCUGUAACAUUGUUUUUAUUUUAAUUUUUAAAAGGGAGUAAAAAAGUUAAUAUCCUGUACUAUUUACAUUUUCCUCUGGUUGCUCUAAAUUAAGAGUAUUUCUAAAAGAACAGUACUAGAUUUAUCUUAAGAUUCACCGUGAUGUUUCUGAUUUAUAUUUGCUUACCUAUUUUCACUCACCAAAUUCUUUACAAUCUAGUGUGAGAGAGGAUAUUGUUCAUUGCACUCUUUUCACAGAGGUAGAAUACGGAGUUAAGCUUUUAUGCAAGAUUGUACAGAAAGCUAUUAUUAUGAGCUUCAGCCCCCUAAUUUCUAUACACAUUAAAUCCACCAAGAGACACAGAAUUGUGUAAGGAAUUGCCAUAGAAUAUUUUAAUAUCAAAAUGUAGAAAUAUUUGCUAUCAUAGUUUUAUAAAAGCCCAGAUUAAAAAUAUAUCAAUUGGGUUCUUCCAUAGACUACAGUUCUUUGUUUAUAUUUCGUUCUUAAUUUCAUAAAUUUUUAUAGAAAUUUAUAAGUUCAAAUGUCCCAGUACGUAAAUUGGUUCCCAAAGUGAUGAGUCCUUAGGAAAGGAAACGUGCUGUAUGAGUUUAUUUUUUCCAUGCUGUGCAUUUAAGUAUUAAUCAGCAUAGCUUUCAGGGAUUUCUUUCUAAUAUCCUUUCCUAUGUAAGAUAAGGACUGCAAUUCAUUAUACCAUUGGAGGAGCCAGAGGCUUUGCUAAGUUUUGCCUUUCUUGACUGUUCAUCUCAAAUUUAGUGGGAGUGUGUGUGUGUGUGUGUGUGUGUGUGUGUGUGUGUGUAGCUAUAUUAAAUUGGUGACUGGACUUUAAUUAUGACACAAUGUUGGUUGCCCUUUAGGCUAAUCAUCUCUCCCUUUCAGGAGGUCAAAGAUCAUUUCAGCCUCAGUGUGCUUUAUAACUACCUACUAAGGGAGGCAGCAAAUCCUGGGCAACUGAGAUGUGACUUUUAUCAUCAGUUAUUUUUCUUUAUAUCUUUCUAUCAACAUAGCUCAGGGAACACUCAAGAAAUAAAAAAUUACUCUUCACCAAGUACUAGCUUUCUGGGAUCUGAUCACUUCUAAGUGUAAACCUCUAUUACCCUAGCAAUGGUCCCUGGCGUUCCUUUUAUUCCUCUUAUAUAUAAACAUCACAAAAAAUAACAACAAACCCUGAAGCCCGCAGCAAAGAGAACGCAAGCACGGCACCGUCCCUCUUCGUACUGCCGUUUUCACUUGGUAGAGGAGGUUAAAUUUUGGAGAGAAUGGUGGCAUUCAUAGGAGGGGCGGGGUAAAAGUGUUGUCUAAUUUACACGUUAAUGGCAGAACUCGCCUUAACCACGUCCCUCCUGCACAGUGGUGAAAUCCUCCUGUGUGCUCCUGUGUGGAUCCCGAGACCCUUCUCGCUUUAAGAGAGCCUCCCGCGCCCCUCACUCCGCCCCUUCCCAAGUCUCUGGGCUCGUCAAAGCUUCCCGAGAGCCAUGGUUGGUCCAGGCAGGCAAUCGGAGCACCUCAUGGAGCGGCUGCUAACCCAGGGUGGGGUGGGGUGGGGUGGAGGGGUCUGUUUGUAGUACUCUCAGUCCUGAUGUCACAGGCGCGGCAAGGACAUCGCAAGGAGGAGUCGGAUUACAGUAAGGAUGGGCAGUGCAGCAGGCAGCCCCAGCGCACUCUCCAGCCGCCGGGGAUCUUAGCCCCGGAAAGGCAGGCUGCAAGGCGCUCAUCCCGCGGAGGAGGCACGCUCUCGGCGCUCACUGCUCUCCACGCCAGGGACAUUUCCACCGAAUGUAGCAUGAAACGGCUCUGCUCUGCGUGCCAGCCUUGGGUGAGAGCUGAUGCUGAAGACAACGCGGUGGGAUUCCAGCUGUCUGAUUAAUGAGAAACAUAAUGUAUUUUGGUGGUACAUGCCAGAGUCCUGCUCUCCCGGCCCUUGUCCGUCCACCAGCCCCUCCUCUGCAACCAUCGCUGGAUAUUAAACCAUUUCUUCCUUUUCCUCUUGACACUGCAGCUGCAGUCAACCUGUUCCCCAAUUUCAAUGCGAUGGACCCGAUUCAGAAAGCUGUAAUAAACCAUACAUUCGGGGUUCCUCUUCCCCAUCGAAGAAAGCAAAUCAUAUCAUGCAACAUUUGCCAGUUGAGAUUUAAUUCUGAUAGCCAGGCUGCGGCCCACUACAAAGGCACGAAACAUGCCAAGAAGCUCAAAGCACUGGAAGCCAUGAAAAAUAAGCAGAAAUCUGUAACUGCCAAGGACAGCGCAAAGACUACCUUCACCUCCAUCACUACCAAUACCAUCAAUACCAGCUCUGACAAAACAGAUGGUACUGCAGGGACACCAGCAAUAUCAACGACGACAACUGUGGAAAUCCGCAAAAGCAGUGUUAUGACAACUGAGAUCACCUCUAAAGUGGAAAAAAGCCCAACGACAGCCACUGGCAAUAGCUCAUGUCCUUCUACUGAGACCGAGGAAGAAAAGGCAAAACGGCUUCUUUACUGUUCGCUAUGCAAGGUUGCUGUCAACUCCGCCUCGCAGCUGGAGGCGCACAACAGUGGUACUAAGCACAAAACCAUGCUGGAAGCCCGGAAUGGAAGUGGCACUAUCAAAGCCUUUCCUAGAGCAGGAGUGAAAGGCAAAGGACCUGUUAAUAAAGGAAAUACAGGCCUCCAAAAUAAAACAUUUCACUGUGAAAUCUGUGAUGUGCACGUCAACUCGGAAACACAACUUAAACAGCACAUUAGCAGUAGAAGGCACAAAGACAGAGCUGCUGGGAAGCCCCCGAAACCUAAAUACAGUCCUUACAACAAACUACAGAAGACAGCACAUCCACUGGGGGUAAAAUUAGUAUUUUCAAAAGAACCUUCAAAGCCAUUGGCGCCACGAAUUCUACCAAAUCCUCUAGCAGCUGCAGCAGCUGCAGCAGCAGUGGCUGUGAGUUCCCCCUUCAGUCUUCGAACUGCUCCAGCAGCAACACUGUUUCAGACUUCUGCGCUUCCUCCAGCACUCCUGCGGCCAGCUCCUGGACCCAUUCGGACCGCCCACACUCCUGUGCUGUUUGCUCCUUACUAAAUUCCAAAUAGGAGUAAUUGUACUGCAAUAAUUUUUCAAAAAACAAAAAACAAAACAAACAAAGAGAACUAUGCAGUGUUUAUUUAUAGUUUAAAGUAUAUCUGAAGAGCCAGGACUUUUGAUAGUGAAUUGAAAAGGUUAUAAACAAGGGGGGGAGGUAUGGGGGUGGGAGGGAGGGAGUGGUAUUUUCUCCAAAUUAAAGCAUUCCUCUUGAACGUUGAUUGUUUUAGAAGUGAUCUCCAGCAUUGAUUUGUAGUGGUAUCUAGAACUUCUGAAGCCUCUGUGACUGUGCUUUUGGGCACCUAUUUCCCUCUGCAUUGUCUUUCCUGCUUUAUGAAACAACUAUACAUUGUCUAAGGGCAUUAACUGGUUCCAAUGUAUAUAAAAUAAUUUACUCUGUAGAUUAAAUCAUACAAAAAAGGAAAAAAACAAAAACAAAAGCAACACUGUGAAUAGUACUACCCGUGCUGGUCCUCUUGCUAUGACAGCAAUUACUGGGUAUUUAUCCCAACAAAAGUAGAUACAGUAGAUGUCUUGUAAAACAAUAGUGCUGUGUCUCAAUCUAUGCCACUAGGUUUUAAAGAAUUGCAAAGGUAGAACGAACAACUAUUUCAUAUCAAUAAGCAGUCAAAAAAUAAACAUACACCAGAUGGUGUCAUGGAGGUCUCCCUGGUCAGCAUUCUCCCCUCCUGUAUGGCUUGAAGAUAUAGCAGAGCUAAGCUUAGAGAUGGGGGAGGUAUUAAUAAAGGUGAUUUCUUACAAAGUACUAACUUCCCACCCUGAAGAUAUAUUGCUGGAAACAGGGAAGUGUUUAUAAUGAACCUCUGUCUGCAAAUAGAUAAACCCAUGCAUCAUGGGUGUUAAGAAAGAAAUCAGUACAACUUUUCUGUUUCAAGGAUGAAGGAUCAUAACCUAGAAUGAUAAUGCAAAGUAAAGAUCUUUAAUUUAGUACAUAUCCAAUAAAAACAGAGAAUAUUACAUCACUGCAGUAUCCCCUUUAUAUCAUACCAGUAGGGUUGUUUCUUAGGCAAAGGUUUCUGCUUUAAGUAUGAUGGUAGAAUUAAGCAUUAGCUAUUUUUAUGGGUUUUUCUUGUUUUUUAGAUUUCCUGCUGACAUGAUAUAAACAAUUAAUAUAUAUUUAAUGUUAUUAACAACAGGAAAUAUGAAUCUGAGUUAAUUGCACACCAAUGACAUAGUGUUAAAAAAUACUGGUAAGUUCCACUCGACAAUUAUUUCUCUAGUGGAGUUGUGAAAUACUAACAGCCUUUGAUAUUCACCAUCAGGCUGAAAGAAGUUGAUGUUUUACCUUUAAAACAAGAUUUAUCAGGGGUAUAUAUAAAUAUAUGUAUAUUGUAUAUAUGUUAGAAAGAGUAAGAGAAUAACUUAUAAAAAGAAAAAAUCUAUAUGACAUAAUUAUAUAACCAUCCAGUGUUACAUGUUAUCAUUAAAUUGGUAACAAAUGGCAUAAAAAUAGCUGUGCCUUUAAUUUGUGAUAAAGGCUAUUUGCUUUUUCCCAUAGAAAGCUAACAUAUACCUAUCAAUAUGGUGGGGUUUGAUGCAGCCAGUCUGUUGCAUUAAUAAGAAAAAUGACAUUCAAACUUAGAAUUAUGACAAAACAUACAUGAUUUAGGUUUAGAGAAAAAACUAUUUUUGAAAAGGUUUUGUAAAGACUAUUUAAAAAUAUAGGGAAGGAUUGGGUGUGGCCUUCCUGAAACUGCUCUUAAAGUGUUGUAACCCUUAGAGAGGUAUAAAGAAUCAAGAGAAAACCAUUUGAGAGAUAGGUAUUUAGCAUUUAUCAUUUUGUAUUUAAGAAACACCCAUAGCGUGCUUGGUGCUCAACAUUAUACAAGGUUUUUGGAGUUCUUCUCCACCAUCUAGCUAUAGAAAUUUGUCAUAUAAAUUAAUCUUUAAAGCAGUUGGCUUUAUAUAUCUUUUGUUAAACAACCAACCAAAACAAAAACAAAAA